GCCAUCUUUCAACAGUUCGGCAGUCACUUUUCUGGCGGAAUUGCGCAGAUAAUAGUUUUCGAGAAAAAUGCCUGUGAAAGUUGAUAUCGUGCCUCCACCCCCAGCAAAUUCGAAACAGCCAGGCGUUACGAGAUCUCUGCUAUAUAAUGGAUCUAAAUUUCAAGGGCAUCAGAAGUCAAAAGGCAAUAGCUAUGAAGUGGAAGUAGUUUUGCAGCAUGUUGAUGAAGAAAAUUCAUAUCUGUGUGGUUAUUUGAAGAUAAAGGGCUUGACUGAAGAAUUCCCAACUCUAACAACAUUCUUUGAUGGAGAAAUUAUCAGCAAAAAGUAUCCAUUUUUAACAAGAAAAUGGGAUGCAGAUGAAGAUGUUGACAAAAAGCACUGGAGUAAAUUUGGAUCAUUUUACCAGUAUGCAAAAACAUUCAACUCGGAUACUUUCGAUUAUGAAGCCUUGAAAUCAACUGACUUUGUUUUUAUGAGGUGGAAAGAACACUUUCUUGUGCCUGACCAUACUAUCAAGGACAUAAAUGGUGCUUCAUUUGCUGGCUUUUAUUACAUCUGUUUCCAAAAAUCUGCUGCUACAAUUGAUGGCUAUUAUUAUCACAGGAGCUCAGAAUGGUAUCAGUCCUUAACAUUAACACAUGUUCCAGAGCAUAGCAUACAAAUUUAUGAAUUCAGGUGAAAUUAAACAGUUUUUAUCAGGAAGUUACUAUGAGACUUUCCAAAGCAGAACUGAAAUGGUGCAUAAAUAAAAAUUCUGGUCAGCAUAAAAUUCUGUAUAAAAAAAGUAUUGGACUGAGUGUGUAAAUAAGAUGCAUAUGAGCAAACUAUGUAGCUUCAGUUUAAAAUCUUAACAUUCUGCUAGAUUGUUGGCUCUAUUUUGUGCAGUUAUUAGUAUAAAUUUUAAUUUUAAAAUUUUUUGAAAAUUGUAGUGAAAGUAAUCUUCCUGAUGGCUGUAGUGGGUGUUUUUACUAAAGUGAUGCACUGUCCUCUUAAUGAAAUCAUGUUUAUGGCUGUACUGUACUAGUAUUUUUUAAAGUUUUAACAUCAGUUUUGGAAUUUUUUAUUUUCAUGUCAGUUAAAAAAAGUAUUGCAAGAACAGUACCAUUAGUCACUUCAAUUUUAAUAUAACUUUUGAAUUGUGUGAAUGAUGUAUCACAUUUUAGCGUGUCUAAAUGUAACAGAUGUUGUUUGUUUUCAUUUAUAUUAUAAUGAAAAGUAUGUGACUAUGUAUUUAGGAAAAAGAAUGAGUAAGUUAAUAAACUUUUGGCUGUUUAGUUUGUGAUGUUGAGCAUCUUGUAACUUUUGUGCUGAUAAAACAAAUUCAUUGCAAUUUCCUGUCUGAUACCGUAAUUGGCUUUUGUUAUAAAUAGAGUUGUUUUAACUCAUUAUCUUGAGAGUUCAAAGUCCACAGGCUAUAUUUAGACAGGGAAAAUUUCAGCAUAAUUUACUUGUUUCUGCAGUGAAUAUUAUGUGUGAACUGCACUCGGUAUAUAUUUUCUGACUGUUGACAAAAUUCUUUAAUGUGAUCAGUGUUUCUGAAACAAAAAUACAAAUUCUAUUUACAUGCAACUUAAUGUAUAAUAACUUUUUAGUUGUAUAAGAAGUUUCUAUAUUUCUUGUUCUAGAAAUUUAAGUUACCUAAGUAAUUCUGUAUGGUAAAUAUUCUAUAUGUAAAGUGUUUGGUUACAAUUUAUUUUCCUUCGUGUACAUUAGAAGAUUGUUAAUUUCUGAAAGUUACUGUUAGUAACAAUUACUUUCUCAGUGCAAGUUAAAAAUUGUUACAGCAUAACAAGAAUUAACAAAAAUGAUAUUUACAUUAAAAAUAUAAUUUUAUUUGUAGAAUGGUUUUUGUUUUAUUUUGUAACACAGUUGAGUACUUCAGUUUCAGGAUAAAAUCAUUGCACAUUUAUUCCAUUAUCAGCUUUCUUUUUUGAUACAGCAAACAAAUCCCCAAAUACAUAAGAGUUUUAAAUAGCAGUGAAAAAAAUUACCUAGUGUUACAAAAGUAAAUUAAUUAUCAUUAAACACUUCCACCAAUGUAUAUUUCUCUUGGAGGCUUCUAAGUAAACAGUGUUGAUACAAAAGAGCAGCCAGAAGGAUAAAGAUAGGCCAUAAGAAACCUACACAUUCUAUUUUACUCAAAGAAGAAUAGUGUAGCAUGCAAAAGGCUGUUUAUGUUCAAAAGGCUGUACCUUGCUCAGAAAUCUUAAUACAAUACUGCAAGUAGUAUGAAAGUGUAAGAGAAUGAUAAAUAAGUUGAAAAAUACAAGAAAUCAGAGGUAAGAAGAGAACUAUGAAGAAGUGAUGAUCAGAAGAAUUAAGAAAAGUGGUGAAGAAAGGAGGGGUGCCAAAAUGGUUAGGGACUAGCUCUGUGCUUGCAUUUGUGUGCUUGCAUAUCUGGAAUUAUUGCCAUAUUCCAAUCUAGGUGGCUUCCAUAUGUGGAACAACUCGUUCAGUAAUUUUUGUGCAGCUUAUAGCCUCAAUUCGGGAAGUUCAGCAAUAAACCCACAAUUUAAAAUAAUUAUCCUAUAAUGAUUGUCAUGUCACUUGGAGCAAGACUAUAAACUGCAAUUAACUCUUAUUCAUAAAUGCAGAUUUUAAAACUGAAUGUGAUGACUUGUGCUACUAAGUACAUGCUUCAGAUUUUGUGUUGCUUCUCCAUUCUAUAAAAUAAUUAUUUUUUGUUUUGGGAUUGGGGGUGCACAUUGCUAUAGUGUAGUGAAAUUUAGAUUUUUAUCACUCUUGUACUUCAUUUAAAAUCGCAUAACCUUUUUUGUAAAUUGUUAUAGAUUCAUAGUCUUCGUACAGAAAAGCACUAAAACUGCUAUGAUACUUUCAGUAUAAUUUUGUAAUAUUUCAUAUGAGUGGAGUAGAUUCCUUUUUAUUAAAAUUAAACUUGAAGAUUCGUGCUAUGGUGGUGUGUUUGGUUUAAGAAUUGUAAAAAUUAAGCGGUGUAAAAAAAAUUUGUUGUUCAAAAGUGUGGAAAAUGUUUACAAAAGGAUAGAACAGUGUUGCAGAAGUUAAUGUGUUGGAUGAAAUGUAGCAAAUGUGUGAAAUGUUGAAAAUAAUUUAAAAUAAUAAUACUGUGAAUUUGGUAAUCAACAAAAUUAGCACACAUCAUGUCUCUUGUCAUAAAAACCAAACGUCAAUUAACAUACCAAAUGGAAAAUUACUGUAACAAUUAUUAAGCAAAUCCUUUUUACCAUUAACAAUUUUUUAUACUUUUGACCCUUUAAGUUAAUUUGCUUGGUAAUUGGCACAUUUUAGCAACUCCUUUCCAGUUGUAUUGCACACUGGUAAGACUUAAUCAUGCUAUCAAGUGACAAGGGCCAUAAGUAAUUGAGAACGUGCAUCACUGAAACAUUUGUACACAUUAAGACUAUAAGGAAAGGUACAAAAUAUUAAGUUUUCAAUAUUUAGUAUUUUGUAGAUAAAUGCCAGACUUCAAAUUUUUGAUGGAGAUGCAAUAACUCUCAGAGCUGUUUCACUUGUAGAUAUUCUUUUGAUAUGCUACUUAUAAGUGUAAGCACAAUCUUUCAGUGUAGUCUUUAAAAUUGUCUAGUUCUGCUGAUUAUAAUUGUUGCAUAAAUAGUGAAACAAUUUAUGUAAUUUGUGAUAUGUGAACCGACUGAAAUUCUGUAUUUAUUUUGCUAAGUUUGCAUGUAGGUGGAAAAGAAAUGCAAUAAUACUCAAUGUCGUUACUUAUAUAUAUGUAUAGCUGUGUAUAAUGCAUCAUUAUACUAGUAAUGACUGGAUAUUUCCAGUUUGGUUUGUGAAAUAUGUUGUGAGCUGAGGCACAGGGUUUUGUGUUGGAAAUACCUCCUGCACGAAUUUUUGGGAGCCGCACUUUCAGCAUUGCUCUCCUUGGGUCAAAGCACUGACUUUUUUGUAAUAUAGUUAAUAAACAAUUAUUUAAUUUUACAUUCAUUUGUAAAGAAUUUAUAAAACUUUAUUUUUUCAGAAAAAGAUUUUGUUGCAAAUAAAGUGCAGUACUGAAGAUUUGCAGUUACCUGUA